AUCGUAUGGCAAACAACUUGGAGUUGCUUCAAAGCUUCAGUCACCAGCCUCUAAUGUCUACACCAGCGACACAGGAUCUCCCACCUCCUGGUGGAUACUCAGAAGUCAAGUAUCGACGAUACCUUCCAAAGAGAGGACCUUCUGGAUUAGUCAUUUUCGCCGGCAUCACUGCAGUUUGCGCAUUCGGGUUCUAUAGAGUUGCUCAAGGAAACUUGGAAAGAAGAGAACUCAAGCGUGAAAACCUUUGGUCCAGAAUUCACCUCAUACCAUUGCUUACAGCUGAAUCAGAUCGAGAUGCUUUUCGACGACAACAAGCAGCACUCAACCGUGAGGCUGAAAUUAUGAAGGACGUCAAGGACUGGAAGGUCGGCGAGUCAGUCUACAAUAACACCAAAUACUACACACGACCUUCAGUCGUAGUAGUUCCGGAGGAUGCUAGACAAUAGAUAAAAAAAAGAAUUACCGCAAUAAAUCACACGAAUUUGACGUUUAGAUUAGUAAUGUUAAGGGAUUAUGCAGAAAA